GGCGAAAAAAGUUCCUACCUUUAAGGUCUAAAAUCGUAACUCCGGCGUGAAAGCUUCUACCUUUAUUGCUUAAAUUGAACCUCCGGCGGAAUUUCAUCGGAGAAUGCAGAUUCCGGUACACAGGCGUUGAAGAAAUGAAUAAGCAACGAAGAAGAAACGUUCAGGCUCAUGGAUGUUUAGGUCGGAUGGUUAAUCUUUUCGAUUUUGGAACAGUUGGUAAUGGAAAGAAGUUGCUCUCUGAGAAACCCUAUUUUGAUCAUGGGUCUAUCAAGAGGAAUCAGUUUGAUCAAAUAGAAGAUAAAGUUAAUGUAAGGAAUGGUGGAGUCAAUGGAACACCGAUGAAGAUGCUUUUGGAACAAGAAAUGUCGAGAGAGAUGGAAUUUAAGCUAAGUUCGACUAAUUUAGUUGCUAAGUUGAUGGGUCUUGAUUCGUUUCCUCAGACACAAUCUACUCCUAGGAGUAAUAGUUCAAAGCCUCGUCUAAAGAGGUCGUUAAGUCACGGGGAGUAUAAAGGUGUAUAUGAGAUUUGGCAGAAACCCGGGGAGUUGAGUAGUAAUGGUGUGGAGGGUUUAAGCAAGAAGAAGAUGGACAUUGUACGUCAAAAGUUCUUGGAGGCGAAACGUUUGGUUACAGACGAUAAACUUCGACAUUCUAAAGAGUUUCAAGAAGCUAUGGAAGUUUUGAGUUCGAACAAGGAGUUGUUCCUCGAGUUUUUGCAGGAAUCAAAUAACUUCUUCUCUCAUCAUCUCCACAGUUUCCAGUCUACAGAUCCACCUACCUCAGAGAAGUCUAAGCGGAUCACUAUUCUAAAGCCUUCAAAGACCAUUGAUGGUGAGGCAGCCAUUGAAUCUUCGAAGGACGGAAUUAAGAGUGGUAAAGGUCUUGAUUUGUUCAAAUGGCCGGUUAAAGAAGAAUAUCCGACAAAGCAAUCAACUCGAAUAGUUGUUCUGAAACCUAAUGGCCAUGUCACGAAGGCUUCAUCAUGUCCAACCUCUCCAAGAGGUUUUGAGGAGAGAGAGUCUAGAGAUGUGGCUAGGAGAGUGAAGAGUCAGAUACGUAAGGAAGAAACUUUACAAUCUUCUGGCUUCUCCAACGGCUAUAUAGGCGAUGAUAGUUCUCUUAACGACUAUGCAGAUUCUGAAAUCAUGUCACCGGUUUCUAGGCAUUCAUGGGAUUAUAUUAACAAGUACGAUAGCCCUUUUUCUUCUUCGCCCUUUAGCAGAGCCUCGGGUUCUCCCGAAUCAUCAUCCGUCUGCAGAGAGGCCAAGAAACGGCUUUCAGAAAGAUGGGCAUUGAUGGCAGCAGCCAAUGAGAAUUUGCAGGAGACCAAUGUUAUCGAAAAGAAAGGUUCUAAUAGUACCUUAGGUGAUAUGCUUGCACUUCCAGAUUUAAGAGAAGAUCUUAGAACCGAAGAAGAAGAAACAAGGGAUGGUAAUGAACAAGAGGGUCCUAAAGUAUCUGCAUCUUGCUUUGAUGGUAAUUUCAGUAGAGAAGAAGGAAAAUUAAAGCCUCCUAAAAGCCUUACACGAUCAAAAUCUCUCCCUGAAUCAUCAACAAGUCUUGGUCACAAAUCCCUUGAUAGUACUAACAAGGGGAAAUCCAAAGUUCCAGAGGAGCUGACAAAGUCAAAGAGCUUGAAAUGGUCUCUGAAAGGUAAAGUCUCAAACUUUCUUUUCUCAAGAAGCAAGAAAGCCAGUAAGGAGAGAUCUUAUGAGGAAUCCCAAAUGGUUAACCCCGAAAUCUUAGAUUCUCGGUGUAACGAUGAAUAUGAUGCAUCAGUGUCUGCCAGAAGCAUGAAUUCUCGGGAGGGCGGCUUAUCAAUUGCAAAGCCGACCAUUUUCGGAAACUCUAGUGAGUGGCGUGAUGAGCCUAGUCCAAUUUCGGUCCUGGAAACUUCUUUUGAUGAGGAUGAUGGAAUCUUUUUUAAUUCCUCUAUCUUGAAUAGAUCAUCAUCUUCUCUUGAACGGGAGAUGAAGUCCAACUUAUUAGGAAAAUCGCCUCCGAUAGGGUCCAUUGGUCGAACCUUAUCAUUCGAUGACUCAACAGUUGCUCGGUGCUACUCAUCUAAACGCUCUACUACUUCCACAAGAGACGAGGAAGAAGACUUGCGUCUCCUCAUCAACGCACUCUUAUCAGCAGCUGAUCUCGAUGCAAUCUCAGACAAUCUUUUGUCUAAAUGGCAUUCUGCAGAGAGCCCACUAGACCCACUUCUGAGAAACAGCUACGCAGACUCAACAGAACAGAAAAGACUUGGAUCAAACAUGAAGAACCUAGUGUUCGACCUCGUCAACACGCUGCUCUUGGAGCUAACACCGAGCUAUCUCGGACCUCGUAGUCCCUUGAUACUCUCUGGUAAGCCAUUGCAGGUUUAUGUGAUAAACCGGAUGCAAGAAUGUUUAACGGGUAACGGAAGAGUGGAAGAUCGGUGGUGGGAUGAAGACGGAGACUUGAGUAGUUUGGCGGUGAAUAAAGUGGUGAGGAUUGAAGUAGCUGAGAUUGGUUCGCAGGAGAGUUUGAGAUUGGAAAUGGAUUCCAUGGGAGAGGAACUAGAGUUGAAAUUGCUGGAGGAGUUAGUGGAGGAGGCUUUGAUGGAUUUGUCAGAACAAUCCAAAUUAUUUAUUCCAAGUAUUUGUUAAUCAUAUGGAUGUAUAUUAUAUGGUUUUAUUGUGUGUAUAAAUAUCUGGUGAAUCACACUUCCUAUUUUGUUUUUUUGGGUGAAUGAUAAUGGAAAGUAGUGUUGUUCCAAACAUAUAGCAUCUAUGUUUAUAAUGUACUAAUGUCUCAAGAAUUAAGAUUGUUCCAAACU